UCUCUCUCCGGGAGCAGCUUCCGGAUUCUCGCGAGGGACUCAUUCAAGUUAAGACCCCCCGAAAGAGCCCCCCGCUCGCUUUUGCCAAAAAGUACUCGCAACAAAAGGUAAGUUGACGAGAGGAGAGAUCGCUCGGCCAUGUGUAGGUGCAGACGACAGAAGUAGGCGGGGGCUGGACGAGGGAGGCUCUAGUAUUCGGUUCGCCAUACGGGGGGAAGGAGCGUAAACAUCUCGCGUGGGAAGCUAAAAACAGAAAGGCGGAAAACAGCAGUAAAAGGCAGUACCUGCUAUAUACGGCAUAACGGCACAAUAACAACCGGCGAUACGGUGGUUGGAGGACCGCGAAAUUUAAGCCGUAUUGCACGGUCAAAAGCGGAGAAGGCAGUCUCCAUUCUCCACGUAUUUUCCGACCAACUCAAUUCCAACCUCCUCUUCUUCCCCCUACCUAUCGCGUUAGCUAGAACUAUCACAACCAUGAGCCCCAAAGGAGACUACGCCGCCGUAAAGAAGGACAUUGCGUCCAUCCUCGACAAGCCCGACUACGAUGACGGUUCCCUCGGCCCCAUCUUUGUCCGCCUCGCAUGGCACGCCUCGGGCACCUACGACAAAAAGACACGCACGGGCGGUUCCAACGGCGCCACGAUGCGUUUCGACCCGGAGGUAGCAGACGGCGCCAACGCCGGCUUGGAGCACGCCCGCGCCUUCCUGGAGCCCAUCAAGCAGAAACACCCGUGGAUCUCGUACGCUGACCUGUGGACGCUUGCGGGUGCCACGGCGAUUGAGGAGAUGGGUGGGCCUACCAUCAACUGGAAGCCCGGAAGGUCCGACAAGGACCCUAAGAAAUUGACUGCGCACGAUGUCCCGCCAAAUGGAAGGUUGCCUGAUGCUGCCCUGGGGCAGGACCAUGUCAGGCAGAUCUUUUACCGGAUGGGGUUCGACGACAGGGAGAUUGUUGCGCUUGUCGGAGCCCAUGCUUUGGGGAGGUGCCAUGCCGACCGUUCUGGUUACGAAGGACCAUGGACACACACACCCACCCGCUUCUCCAACCAAUACUUCAAGCUCCUCACCGGCCUCACCUGGCGCAAAAAAGAAUGGGACGGCCCGGUUCAAUACACCGACGAAGACGACGAGCUGAUGAUGCUUCCCGCAGACAUGGCCGUGAUCCGCGACCCUGAAUUCGCCAAGAUUGCUAAAGAGUACGCGCAGGACAAGGAUGUGUUCUUCAAAGACUUUGCGGCAGCGUUUGAGAAGCUGAUUGAUUUGGGGGUGCCGAGGGGGGAUGACAAGGGGAAUGCGCCGGUUGCGCCGAAUCAGAAGAAGGCUGGGGCGAAGUUGUAGGGUGCUGUGUGUGAUGGAUGCUUGGGACACACACGGUCUGUUUAGGUCCACCCUUGUGUGUCUUUGCCCAUUUAAAGUCGGGUGCUUUGCUUCUUCUUUUUUAUAGUAUCUGUGUCUACGGUAGUACCAGACAGGGGUUUCUUUUAUUUUAAAUCAUUAUAGAAUCUUGCACUCGGGA